GCGACCGGAAAUCCAGUCUGUGUGUGUGCUGCCUGACUUGAUGGCGGUGCGCAUCCCACCGACCGGGAAUACCGAUUUGUGAGCAUUUCGGCCUUUUCUCCUGCUGCACCGUAAAAUGUUUUCCUGCGAGCUGCUGCAAAGCGGUCCGGGUUGCACUGGCGUGGCGGGGUUGAAGUGAACGAUUAUAUCGGCCAGUAGGCUAUUAUGACAAACGGAGAUGACACACAUCCAGAAAGAGCCCUGUUUGUUUUGUAUGGCGAAAUGAGGCAGGGGGUGGAGAGUCGCCACAGAGACGCUGGGCUUCGGCCAAACAUCACCGCAUUUUAGCACUUAUUCAAUGCUCGGGAUUUACUUUGCAUUGCAUUUGCUGCAUUGUUGAGCGGGCAUUUUUUUUUUAGCAGAGUGCAUUGUGGAUAUGCAGCUUGUUUGAGGACACCCCCCUCCAGAUAUCCAUUGCUGCCAUGAUAGGCAGAGGUCUCCUCUCGAGCACGGCGCGUCCGGUUGAAGAAGACGCAGAUUGAUUUGGGACAGUGGGUCGCAUCUGCAGAUGUUAUUCUGUCUGUGGAGCCUGUAAAUAUCCGCGCAAACACACCGUGAUUCUUACUCAGGGAAAGGGGAGAAAGAAAACAUGUCUUCUCGAUCUGCAUUACCAUCUGGAAACGACAGGAGUACUGGAGACCAUCAUGUGUCACUGGGGGCUAGCCGCUCAGACAAGGCCACCAGCCAGUCCAGCCGCUCGCCGGGCGCCCGGGGCAGGGUCCCUGAUGAGCAGCCACACAUCGGCAACUACCGUCUGCUCAAGACCAUUGGCAAGGGAAACUUUGCCAAGGUCAAGCUGGCCCGCCACAUCCUGACGGGCAGGGAGGUUGCAAUAAAAAUAAUUGACAAAACUCAGUUGAACCCAACCAGCCUACAAAAGCUCUUUCGGGAGGUGCGAAUAAUGAAAGGAUUAAAUCACCCUAACAUAGUGCAGCUGUUCGAGGUGAUUGAGACGGAUAAGACCCUUUACCUUAUCAUGGAGUAUGCCAGUGGAGGUGAAGUGUUUGACUACCUCGUGUCCCAUGGGAGAAUGAAGGAGGUUGAAGCCCGAGCCAAAUUUCGGCAGAUCGUUUCCGCUGUCCACUACUGCCACACGAAGAACAUUGUCCACAGAGAUUUGAAGGCAGAGAACCUUCUGCUGGAUGCUGACGCCAACAUCAAGAUUGCCGACUUUGGCUUCAGCAAUGAGUUCACACUGGGCAACAAGCUGGACACAUUCUGUGUCUAUGCUGCCCCAGAGCUUUUCCAGGGCAAGAAGUAUGACGGGCCUGAGGUGGAUGUGUGGAGUCUGGGUGUCAUCCUUUACACGCUGGUUAGCGGAUCGCUGCCCUUUGAUGGGCAGAACCUGAAGGAGCUGAGGGAGCGUGUGCUGAGGGGAAAGUACCGUGUGCCGUUCUAUAUGUCCACAGACUGUGAGGGGAUCCUUCGCCGAUUCCUGGUGCUGAACCCUGCCAAACGCUGCACCCUAGAGCAAGUCAUGAAGGACAAGUGGAUAAAUACAGGGUAUGAGGGGGACGAGCUGAAGCCCCAUAUAGAACCUGUGGAGGACUACAGUGAUCCAGCUCGCAUAGAGGUGAUGGUUGGUAUGGGCUUCACUCCAGAGGAAAUCAAGGACUCUCUGCUCAAUCAGAAAUACAAUGAGGUCACCGCCACCUACUUACUGCUGGGCCGCAAAGGCGACGAUGGCACCGAGGCGCGCACAGCUAGCAGCCUGUCCCUGGCGAGGGUACGACCCAGCCCUAUCACCAACGGGACCAACAAGCACUCCUCAGCCACUGGCUCCUCUUCCUCUUCAACCUCCUCCUCACAUAGCAAGACCCAGCGCAGUGCCUCUACCUACCACAGGCAGCGACGGCACAGUGACUUCUGCGGGCCUUCCAUGCCCGUCAUGCACCCCAAACGGAGCCCAACCAGCACAGGUGACCGGGAGCUGCGGGAGGGACGAAUGCCUUCACGUAAAGCCAGUUGCAGCGUUAUGGGGAGCCAUAGCCUCCCUCCCUCCAGCCCAAUGGUCAGCAGUGCCAACAACCCCAACAAGUCUGAGAUCCCAGACCGCCGCAAAGACAUAACUGCCACCACAAAUAACAUCCCUGGAAGCGCCAUGACACGUCGGAACACGUAUGUGUGUACAGAUCGCUCGGGCGCUGACAGACACUCUCUUCUGCAGAAUGGCAAAGACAACAGCUCCCUGGGCCACCGCAUGCAUGCAGCAUCUCCCUCCACUGUCAGCAUUGCUGGGGCUGGAGCUGCUUCCUCCUCUUCCUCUUCAGACCGAUGCCGCCUGACCCGAGGCUCCACAAUUCGCAGCACCUUUCAUGGGGGACAGCUGAGGGACCGUGGCCCCCCGGUUUACUCCGCCCCACCCACAUCACCCACCCUGUCUCAUCAUGAUGCAAGCCCCCUGCCCCAUGCCCGCACCAGGGCGACCUCCAACCUCUUCACCAAGCUGACCUCGAAACUCACUCGCAGGGUCACAAAUGAAUCUGAGGGAAUCAGGAGAUUUGCGGUCACAAGUUGCCAUCUACCUGGGUAUCAAAAAGCGUCCGAGCCCCGGGCCAUCGGACGUGGCUGGGAUCUGAGAGGCGGUGGAUGGCGGGACCCUGCGGAGGUGGUACUGGCUCUGCGGGAGGCGGCGCUCGGAUGUGGCUGCCAGGUCCACUAUGCUGGCCCCUUUCUGCUCUCCUGCACCCAUGGAGUGGCAGGGGGCCGCGUGGCUUUUGAGGCCGAGGUGUGCCAUCUUUCCAUGGGCAACUCCGAGACUUCUAACGGGGUGCGCUACAUGCGACUCUGGGGGACGCCAUUAGCUUUUCGGGACAUUGCCACCCAAAUCUCUAAGGAGCUUGAACUUUGAACAGAGGGUGUGUUUGCAUGAGUGUGUGUUUUUGUGUGAGUGAGUGUUGAUGUAUGUGUGCAAACAGAGAGGUGGGGUGGUGGGGUGUACAAAUAAUUGAAGAAGAAAUAGCAGAGAAGGGGCAAGGGGCUGGACCCGAGAACCAGACACCUCCUUCUGUCUCUUUCAUGACUACACCCCCUGCACACACAUCCACGCGCACACACCCACAUAGAUACACACACUCCUGACCUGUAAAGUCGCAUAGACAGAGGCACCCCCCACCUCCACCCAGUCACCCCACACAGCUCAGUCAACUUCUUCACUGAGCUACUGCACCCACUGGACCUGGAUCAGACAGAAUCUAGUUGAGUAUUUUUUAUUACUAUUCUAGCCAUAAUGACUCUUUAUUUUAUUACUUAUUAAUCUGAUCUUUGUUUUUACCCAGUGCCACUUUUACCGCUACAGAGAAGCAGCAUCUCCUGUGUAUUAGACAUCCUUGAAAGGCCACUUCUUUUUUUUAAAUUGUCCGUUUUUUAUGUCACCUUUACAUUGGUUUUUUUCUUCUUCUCCUCACUGAUGAUUAUCUGCUGACUUUACAUCACCUGGGGACAACAACACACACAAAUGUGGAGAUGGUCACUCUGUGAUGAUACAGGCAGCCGCAGAGGGUUGCAUUGCUUUCAGUCAUGUACAUACACCAGUGACGACUGCAGUGGAUUAAGGUCAGUGAGAGCUGGGUUGACAGACCUUUGAAAGAGCCAGUCAGAGGCUGAUGUGCAACACAAAAUGCCAAUCUUUCGCACUAAUGAACCAGUGACAUCUUGACAGUAGUAGUAGUGUUGUUGCCUCCGAGUCACAUUAACUUCUCUGCAUGAGACAAGCAGAAAUUAAAAAUACUCAGAAUUUAUUGGGAUACUAAUCAUUUGGUUGCCUAAAAUUUCUAUCCAUCCAAAAGUGCGAGAACAUUAUGGUGCUGUCAUGCUCCAUUUUAGACUCUUGUUGCAUCAGAUUCAAAAUUAAAUCAGUAUAGCUCAUUUGCUAACACUAUUACAAGGUUAUACAAAUUUUCAUACCAUACUUUUCAUUCAAUAGGUUGUCUACACUGGCUCCCUAAAAAAAAAAUUCAAUAUAUGGAGAUACCUGCAUAGACUAUGUGCACACAUACUGCUCUCACUGGUUGGAUUCAGUGCCUGUCACCACUGAUCGGUGACAGCAAAACUUGUUCAGAGCAUUUGGAUGUUUUAGCCUCCCACCUUGUUUCACCCCUUUAACAUUCUUUAAAAGCAUUGUACUGAAGACACAGCAGCAGUGACCCAUACUUAAAAAAAAUCCAACUCUAAACCCUCAAGGUGAUUAAAACAAAGGAGAGCUACAAAUGCUGCACUUGAAAGCAGCCAUGCAUCCCACUACCAAAUUACAGACAUGGUACAGAGCCUGGUGUGUUUUCAGUGCAGUCUUGGAUUCUGUUCAGUGCCAUGCGAUCUCGCCUCAGUCAUCGUCUCAGUAUGUCGAUGGGGAACCAAAAAUGGAUCAGCCAAGCAGCGAUUACACUCUCACUCACAGACAAACACACACUUCCGAGUGUCCACCCUCUUCUUCUUAUUGUGGCACAGUAUAUAAACAUGGUGUGCCCAUUAUUGAUGACUGGGACUGUGGGAAUUAAGGGGAGCAUCCCGAAUACGGAAAAGGCACAGUGAAGGCAGUGUGGACGGUAUUUUCUUGUUUGUCCGGUUGCCUUUAAAGUGAACAACCCCCAGCGCCUUCAUACAGUACAUAUUUAAUGUAAAAAACAGAUGCAGAAAAAACUGAGAAAGCUUUCUAUUCUCCCACCCUGUUUUUAGUGAAUAAUGUACUGUGAUGUUUACGUAGAAUACACAGAUCAUGUUGUUUGGCUGCUGGUUUAUUGUUGAUACUCUCAGUUGUGGCUUUGCUCAUGGUGGCCCAAAACACCACCCUACCCCACCCCCAUUUCCUUUCCCAGCCCUCAUAACGUCCCCAACUCUCUACAUUUAACAGUCAAGUCAACCUUAGCUGUCCACAUACGUAUAUGCCAUCAACUUUUCUCUGCCCUUUGUUUGAGAUCCUGUUUUCGCACAGAGAAACGCUCCACCAUCCUCCACACUCUCAUACUGUAGAGCCAUGUAUGGCAUAUUCUCAGUCCUGUUUGGUGUGUGCUGUUUCAUGGAGCCUGAGAGGAGAGGGUGGUUUUAACCUGUUCUCCUCCUCAGGGUGAGAGGCAGAAACCAACAUGGACACCAGGAGUCUGUCCUUGUCCUCUCCGUGGGCGUUUGUCAUUGUGGUGUAUAUUAGCAUUAGGUAAUAUAGACCUCAAUGCACUUUGCUUUGACUUGAAUCAGCUCCUUCCAGUGUACCUGUAUAGGUGAUAACGAGAACUAGCCAAUGUCUUAAAUGUGAAACACUUCAAGUUGUGAAUAUUUGCACAGGUACUUUAUUUAUUUUUUAGAAUAAUAUCACUUAAAAAACAGGAUUUAUAUCAGUCAGGUGAUGGCUGUAUAUAAAAUAUAUGAAUAUAGUAUAUAUCUUAGAGCUCAAGGUUUAUUUAUAGCUAGAGCAAGGGAAGUAAUUCUAGUUAGAAGCAGUUUCUGUCCGUGACAACAGGGAACAAAACCAACUUGCAAUCAUGCAUGACUUCAGAGUUUGGGUUUAGGAUUAAAAAACUGAGGCAUGAUGCACAUCUGCGAUUGUAAGCUUUGAGAAAUGCAGACACAGUUUUUAGACAUGAAUUGAUUAAAAGAAAAUGGUCCUAGAUGUAGUGCCAGGUCCUUCCCCCCCGUUCACCAAAACAGACAGGACAGUUUGGUGAAUUACAGUGACCUCACCUUGUUUGCUAUAGAGGAUAGAUUCAGUGCAUUUGAGAGGGCUUCUGAGUUCUUAGAGGUAUAAAGAGAUGUCAUGAAAUGUACUGCGUCGUAAACUGUGUUCGAAAAAUUCCACUGUAGUCACAGUAAGAACAUAAACUGUGCAAUUUUUAUUGCCAGUUCUAUUUGAACUUGAAUUUACACUGAUUCUAGUAACUACUGAACACACUUAAAGCCGGAGGUUGCAUUCAAGCCAUAGAAACAUUUUGUCGAUUUCUCCUGAUCGCAAAUACAAGUCAGGUAGUGUGCAAAGCAUUUCAGUGGAAAUGACUGAAGUGAAACAGGCUAAAAAGCAAAUAACUUGGAGUACAACAAACCAUUCUUGGUAUAAGAUGGAUGAACAUUGUCUUAAGGUUGAACAUACUGUGAAAAAUUCUUGAAAAGAGUUUGCUGCCCUGAGUGUUAAGUAACUGCUUGUAUACCUGCUCAGAGACAGUGUGUCCCUGCUCCGAUUCAGAUGGUGGAUGUUAUAGUAUUACGACCCCAGGGGGCUCAGUAUUUCAAAUGCACUGUCAUUUUAAAACUGAUGUUGGAAGCAGCGGAUGUUAUAUGCAAAAUAGAUGCAGUUUGACCUGUCUGAGUAAUUUUACACUGCUAUAUUGUAUAAUUCCUCCCUUCAGAAACAAACUGUAAACUGAGAUGGAGUGAUUUUGGUAUAGAAGGAGAAAUGCAGCUGGAGAUGAAUAAAAUUCACUGAUGUUAGCA